AUGAAGCCCCUUGGCGCCAUCGCGGCCAGUGGUGGCUUUGGUUGCCGCCUGACCCAGCUCGUCGAGCUUAUCAGCGAGCGCGGCACUAAUGGUAUCGAACGCUACGAACAAACUUUUGGUGGUGCCAAGGGCUUGGCUGAUAAGGUCAAGUCGGACCUUGAUCGUGGUAUUUCUGGCACGGAAGAAGACCUUGCCAACCGCGCACAUGUCUUUGGCGCCAACAAGACCCCUGAUGUGGACGCCAAGACACUUCUUGAACUCAUGUGGGAAGCCGCCCAAGACCCCAUUCUGCUGGUCCUUGGUAUCGCCGCCAUCAUCUCCCUCAUCCUCGGCAUUGAAGUCGAGGGCCAUGCCGACACGGGCUGGAUCGAGGGCUGUGCCAUCCUUGUCUCCAUCGCCGUCGUCGUCAUGGUUUCUGCCAUCAACGAUCUUCAAAAGGAAAAGCAGUUUCGCGAACUCCUCGAAAAGCAGUCGUCAACCCAGAUGGCAGACGUCAUCCGCAACGGUCAACAGCAACGUGUCAACUACCAAGAUCUCGUCGUCGGCGACAUUGUCCUCGUCAACGCUGGUCUCAUCCUACCCGCCGAUGGCGUUCUCUUCCGCGCCAACAAUAUCAAAUGUGACGAGUCGGCCCUCACCGGCGAAUCACACGAUAUUGAGAAGACGCUCGAGGAGAACCCUUGGCUCCUGUCAGGCACGAGCGUCAAGCAGGGCUCGGGAGCAAUGAUCAUCACCUGCGUCGGUCUUUUCUCGGAAGAAGGCAUCAUCCAGAAACUCAUUACGGGUGUCGGCGAGGAAGAGUCGGAACGCCUUCUUGCCCUCGACAAGGAGGGCGAUGAGCAAGAAAAGCUGGAGCGAGCCGAAGAGAAAAAAUCCAAGAAGCGCGUAAGUUGUUUCGUCGAAUCCAUUCUGCAAGCCAAGCUGGAACGCAUGGCGCUGCAGAUUGGCUACGGCGUUACUUUCAUGUCCAUCCUCACGCUCAUCGUCCUCAUUCUCUCCUUCUCCAUUCAGCACUUUGGCGUUGACAACCACGACUACGAAGCCAGCGUCUGGUCCGAAUACGUCGAGUUUGUCACCGUAGCCAUUGUUGUCCUGGUGGUCGGUAUCCCUGAAGGUCUGCCUUUGGCCGUUACCAUCUCCCUGGCCUACUCUGUCAAGAAGAUGAUGAACGACAACAACCUCGUCCGCGUUCUCGCCUCGUGCGAGACCAUGGGCAAUGCCACCACCAUCUGCUCUGAUAAGACGGGUACUCUUACCACCAACCGCAUGACUGUGGUCAAGUCGUGGAUGGCCGGUCGCGUUUAUGACGGCUCCACUGAGGUCAAGGGCCUGCCCCAGGAUCUGCUGGCUCGUUUGCAGGCCGGUAUCGCCCUCAACAGUGACCGCGCCUCCAACUACUACAUUGACGAGGAGUCUGGGCUUCCUGUGCAAGAGAACAACAAGACCGAGUGCGCUUGCCUCAAGUUUGGCGAUGACAUUGCGGCUCGCAAGUACACUGAAAUUCGCAAGGACAACCCCGUUGAUAGCUACGUCAAGGUUUACCCCUUUGACUCGGCCACCAAGCGCAUGGAGACCAUUGUUCGCUUGCCCAAUGGCAAGUACCGCAUGUUUGUCAAGGGUGCCUCUGAGAUUAUCCUCAAGUAUGCCACCGCCUACGACGCUGGAAACGAGAGCACGACCCCGCUGACUGCGGCUGACCGCGAGGGCCUCGAGCAAAACGUCAUUAUUCGCUUUGCCGAACAAGCCCUGCGUGUGAUUUGCAUCGCUUACAAGGAUUUUGACGACGCGCAAGACUGGGACCAGGAAGAAGCUUUGCUCUCUGACCUGGUCAUUUCCGCUUUUGUGGGUAUCCAAGACCCCGUUCGCCCCGAAGUGCCCGAUGCCGUUACCACUUGCCGCCGCGCCGGCGUUACCGUCCGCAUGGUCACGGGUGAUAACAUGAUCACAGCUCGUGCCAUUGCCAUCAACUGUGGCAUCAUCACUGAGGAGGAAGACGGCGACGGCGUCGUCAUGGAGGGCCCUGACUUUCGUCGUCGCGUCGUCCGGGAUGACGGCUCACUCGACUUUGACGAGAUUAACCGCAUUGCGCCCAAGCUCCGCGUCAUGGGCCGCUGCUCUCCCUCGGACAAGUUCAACCUGGUCAAGGGUCUCAUCAAGGCCGGUGAGGUGGUGGCCGUGACCGGUGACGGUACGAACGAUGGUCCCGCGCUCUCGGAGGCUGAUGUUGGCUUCUCCAUGGGUAUUGCCGGCACGGACGUGGCUCGCCAGGCCUCGGACAUUGUUAUCACUGAUGACAACUUCAGCUCGAUCGUCAAGGCCAUCUCUUGGGGCCGCAAUGUCUACGAUGGUAUCUCCAAGUUUCUGGUCUUCCAGCUCACGGUGAACGUUGUGGCCAUUCUCGUGGCUUUCAUCGGAGCCUGUGCCAUCCGCGAAUCACCCCUCCGUGCUGUGCAGCUGCUCUGGGUCAACCUGAUUAUGGAUGUGUUUGCUGCCCUUGCCCUGGCCACGGAGCCUCCCACUCCCGAGCUCCUCGAUCGCGCCCCUUACGGCCGCAACAAGCCUCUUUUGUCGCGCAUCAUGCUGCGCCAGAUUUUUGGUCACUCCUUCUACCAGCUCGUUGUACUCCUCCUACUCAUCUUCUAUGGUGAUAAGAUGUUCAACAUUCAGAGUGGCCGUCGCUAUGACCUCACGGAGCAGCAAAAGGACGACCAGAUUCUGACACAGCACUAUUCGAUGGUUUUCAACACCUUUGUGUGGAUGCAGAUCUUCAAUGAGAUCAACGCCCGCGUGGUGGACGACAAUCUGAACAUGCCAGGCAUGCCACGUAUCGUGGGCAACUUCUAUCGUCCCUUCCGCGGUUUCUUCUCCAACCCCAUUUUUGUGGGUGUCAUUGUGGGUACCGCCGUGGUGCAGGUGCUAAUUGUGGAAUUUGGUGGUCGUGCCAUUGAGACCGAGCCUCUUGAUGCCGACAUCUGGGGUGCCUGCAUUGGUUUUGGCGCGGGCUCACUCGUGUGGAACUGGCUGGAACCGGGGGCAUAUGCUGAUCUGAGCCCAGACCGUGCAGCGGAGAUUGAAGAGGAGCAGCGAGGCACGACGCCCGAGCUGCCCCCUGCUGGCCUGGACGCGCCCACGACCCCCAAAACAGCGCGUGUUGAGCGCUCCAACACAGUGUCCUCACAGCGCGGGGCUGAGCCGGCCACGAGCACCAGCGUUCUCUGGUCGCGAGUCGGCCGUCGCGUUCGCCGUCAUAUCCGUGUGAUUGGUGCGUUCCGCACGGCUGGCCAAAUUGCGCGCUUGCGUCGCCGCACUGCCCAGCUGGCCACCCAUGCCAUUGGCGGACCCGAGGCCCGCGCGCCGCGUCGCGCCUCAGAACAGGCCAGCCUUGAACAAAAGGGUCAUUCAGUGGCCACGCCAGCUAGCGCCAUGUGGCGCACGGCCGUGGCGCGCGUCCGGUUCCAACUCCGCGUCGUCCGUGCCUUCAAGAAUGGCGUAGUGAAUGAGGUGGCCAACCCAGCCAUCAAUGCUGAUCAGGCUGCCACCACCACCCUGACGCUGUCCUCGAAUAGCCAGGCCCGUGGACGCGAGGACCCAGAGCAGCUGCCCCAACAAACACUUGAUCUGCCUGCUCCCUUGGAAAAGUAA